UGUCCUAUACCAUCUCGCACGUUUCGCAUUCAAAGCGGAGAUGCAGGUUAUUGCAACUUGAUGGAGAGCCGGUGGCGUAGAGCCACGGAGAUUUCAUCUAAGGUGAUAGGUCCUCAUGGAAUUCCAGUGACCCCCCUAAUCAACCCGCGGAGCGGUCACAGUUACCAUGUAAUCAACGUGAUCGAUGACUGGAAAGCCGAUUAUGCCGUUGAUGUUCUGAUAAGAGACAUCGAUGCAUACAUCGUGGCAUUUCGUCGGCAACUUUUAGUUGAGAGCAAAUGGUAUCCUGGUAUGUGGUACAGAUAUACAGACGUGAAUGAUCUGCCAAAGGAAACAGAGGACAAUGCAGUCGAUUUGGGUUUCAAGUCUUCACAUGGUGACAGCGAUGAAACAAAGCCCGGAGGCAUCUAUGUUAUGCAUGACAUGUUUGAAGUUCUAUCUGGGUUUGAAGAUUGUGGGCGUGACAAAAAAGGAAGACUGCUUGAUCCAACUGACAACCAGAGAGUGAAGGAGGCAUUACUGAAGGCUAUAGUGAUUUUUGGUGAGGCAUUUCGAUUCCGUUCGAUAUACCUUGCUGUGCGAGCCAGAAUUCAGGAUGACGAGGAUUCAUCUGAGCUUGAUGGUAGUCUAUGGAUCCUGGUGCACGACUGGGGCCUGUUUUCGUCUGAGCUGCUGCUCCGGUGCAACCAGGGGCCGUUGCCAGCGUUGCAUACUGCUGCCCCAGCUCCUUUUCACAACAUUAGAGUGAGGAGACCAGGCUCACAUGAAUUCAGGGCACUUAACACAUUAGAUGACGUGGUUGGAGCUUCAGGCGAGAUGAUGCUUGUAAAGGCGAUUCCCAAUCUGAUAGCAAGUCUCGAGGAGAGAACUCGACUGCAGAAGAUAAUGAUGAAGAGGAACACUGAACCAGUUGCAGAGCCUGGAUUUCAGCAUCCUGAGCUUCCCCCUCAACCUGAUGCUGCGGAGUGAAGUCUGCUGCUCCUUCUCACUAUCACUAUCAGCAGAGAUGAUUAUGUUAGCAUAUUCUUCAGUAGAGCGUGGAUUUUCUGCUGCUCCUUCUCACUAUCACUAACAGCAGAGCUGAUUAUGUUAGUAUCUGGUUCAGUAGAGCAUGUAUUUCAGCCAACAAUAAUUUACUGGCAAGAAUCAUGUCCAAAAUUUCCUCGGACGAUUACUGUACUGAUCCUGUUACUGGUGCCCUGUUCGGCUACUU